AAGUAACCACAGUAACAGUAGCCAAUGUGGGUGCCUCAGCAGACAAUGUAUUCACUACAUCUGUGGCAAAUGCAGCAUCAAUCUCAGGACAUGUAUUGUCUGGAAGAACAGCUCUUCAGAUUGGGGAUAGCUUAAAUGCUGAAAAAGCCACUCUGAUUGUGGUUCAUACAGAUGGCACCAUUGUGGAGAGUGCAGGUCUGAAGGGGCCAUCUGCGCCUCUUACUACAGGAUCUCAGUCCCCCUCUACUCAGUUAACAUCUGGUCAAGAAAAAGGUGGAACAAAAUAUAACUGGGACCCGUCAGUGUAUGAUAAUGAACUGCCUGUGCGAUGUCGAAAUAUCAGUGGGAUAUUGUACAAAAAUCGACUUGGUUCAGGUGGUCGAGGUCGUUGUAUUAAGCAAGGGGACAACUGGUACAGCCCCACUGAAUUCGAAGCUAUGGCUGGAAGAGCCAGUAGCAAAGACUGGAAAAGAAGUAUUCGUUAUGCUGGGAGGCCAAUACAGUGCCUUAUUCAUGAUGGAAUAAUAAAUCCCCAUGCGGCCUCAUGCACUUGCGCUGCGUGUUGUGAUGACAUGAGUCUGAGUGGUCCCAUAAGACUGUUUGUCCCCUAUAAAAGAAGGAAAAAAGAGAAUGAAUUGCCUACAACACCAGUGAAGAAGGAUUCACCCAAAAACAUCACCUUGCUUCCUGGAACUGCUGCCACCACGUUCACGGUGACUCCUUCAGGACAGAUUACAACUUCUGGCACUUUGACCUUUGAUCGUACAGCAGCUGUGGAGGCCACGGCUAUUAUCUCAGAAAGUCCAUCCCAAGGUGAUGUUUUCACUGGUACCACUGUGCAAGAUACAAACCUUCAGCAACAACCUUGUCAGGUCAAUCAUCCAGAGCCUCACUAUCCAACUUAUCAAGACAGUUGUCAGAUCUCCGCAUUCCCCGAAGCAGCGUUGCCAACUUCUCAUCCCAAAAUUGGCCAGAGGAUUGCUGAUUUGGAGAUUGGAACCAUUGUAAUCUGGUAG